CGAUACAGUGUUUGGCUCCAAAUGCUCAAUAAUUUGCGAAUAAUUCUUCGACGAUGGUGAUUCAACAUUAAACAUUCAGUCUUUAGCUAUUAUUUGGUAUUUUACAAAUCCAAAGUUUUGUUAAUUUAAAUCGAAAGGAAUUUGCCAAAAAAUUGAAACAAGAGGCUGAGAUUAAAAUAUUCAGCGCUCACAGUGCUUCUUCCAUUAUUAACGCAUAAAAAAAUAUUACCAAUUUUUUGAGGAAAGAUAUUUAGAAAUUUGGCGGAAAAUGUACGAAGAGAAAAAGGUGAAAAUAGUUGUAGUCGGUGACGGAGCAGUCGGGAAAACUUCAAUGAUCGCUUCGUACGCCACGAACAGCUUCGAAGACGACCACGUGCCAACAGUCUACGACUUAUACAACUGCCGAGUCGAAGUGAACGGCGAAAAAAUUGAGGUGCAAAUCCACGACACCGCAGGCCAAGACGACUACGACCGUACUCGGCCGAUUGCGUACCCGGGCACGACCUGCUUUAUCCUGGUGUUCGGCGUCGACAGUAGAACUGCAUAUGACCAUAUAGAGUGGAAAUGGCAUCCCGAAGUGCAACACUUCAGCAAAUACACCCACUUUAUUCUAGCUGGAAACAAAAUUGACCGAAGGAGAGAGCUGAGUCCGCAAGAGGUCAUAACACCCGAGAUGGGUAAUCAAUUAGCCGAGAAGAUCAAAGCCGACGCGUAUUUGGAAUGUUCUGCGAAAACACGAGAGGGAAUCAAGCCGAUUUUUGACCGGGCGAUUGGUUUGUCGUUGUCGGGAGAAAAGAAAGUUAAAAGGAGCAAAUGUUUUCUCCUUUAAUUUUACUACAUCUUUAUGUGAAAUCUAUUUUUUUAGUUUGU